CGCUGUCCCCGCACACCUGCCCUGCCCUGCCCAGCACUCGGGAGCGGCGCGGCGGCACUAACUGGGGGCUGCCUGUGAGUCCCAGAAGUUGCCGUCGCCCACGGAGGUCGAAGAGCGGGGAGACUUCCCCGGCCAAAUCGCCGCUUUUGGGGCUCGGGGAGAAGGCGGCGCCGGCUGCUGGUCUCUAAGGAAGGGGCUAAAAGGAGUCAGGCGGCCCUGUGUCCAUCCCUGGGCGCCCGGGGUGGUCCAGCCCGCGGAGUGCGGUUGCGUAGCAACGGGGCACGCGCGCGGUGCCUCCCGCCCUGGCGGGGCCGGGAUGCGGGAUGCGGUGUCGGGAUGUAGCCUGAAGCGUUCCUGAAGGGGCGGUAGCCCUGAAGGAGCACCAGGUGUUGCAGGGGUCAGUGCUCACUCGGCAGCGUCCCUGGAGCUGCAGCCUGGGUUCGAUCCCUGCGCCUUGGGAACGUGGCAUUGGAAGAACCAGCCUGCCGGUGGGUGUAUCUGGUUGGAGGAAUAUGCCAGCUUCUUGUGGAGAACCAGUUUCAUUCAGUAGUACGUGUGGUAUGCCUCCUGGGACAUCCAGGUGAUCCUGAAAGAAGCAAAAAAUAAUGGAGAAAGUAGCCAGACUAUCAGAGGGGUCCUUUCAAGGAAUCAGACUCCCCCCUACUCCUCCUGACAAGGUAAGCUCCAGGUCCAUCUCACAUGUCCAGUGUUGUCACACUAAUAAAGAUUCCCAUGGCUCUCUGCUGCCAAGAUGUCCAAAGACAUACCUUCCUGUUUGCACACGGAACCCAACAGGUCCUCUUUGUGCACCCUUGAUAUCCUCAGCAAAGAGUAAUUUCAUUGAUUCAUCCCCAAAGGCAUCCAGUUUAGUGAGGGGGGCUCGUGUGUUGGCAAGGAGAGAAACUGAUGGCUAUUACUACCUGGGCCACAUUGCCCAAGAGGUGAAGGGCUCCAGGGAACGCUUUGUAAUUGAGUUUGACAAAAGUCGUGCUCGGAAAGGCAAGGUACAGCUCCGCCUGCAGGAAACGCCUCUCUACGACAUUCUCCACUACGAGGAUGCCAGGAGACGGCGUCUCGCUCCAGGAGACAGGGUCUUGGCACCGUGGGAGGCUAGAGCUGAACGUUUUGGCCCCGGCACUGUGCUAAAGGUUGUAGAGAGCAAGGAGGCACAUUUAGCACACAACAGAAGUGGAGUGCUUGUGAAUUUCUGGAAUGGGCAGACCAAGGAGGUGUCUUUUGACCAAGCUCUGCAGAUUCCUCUGCCCUUAAGCGAACGCAUCAUCCUAGAACUGCAGAUGCCUUUAGCAGCCAGGCAGAUGGUGGUAGAUUCAAGCUUACAUUACCCAUACAUUGUGACACCAGGUUAUAGAGCCUCAGGCCACUACAGACUGGGUCACUCAGACCUGGACUGCUGGCCAGGGGGUCUGUAUUCAGCUCAUCUAUGUGCUAAGUGCAGCUGGGAGUGUACCUCACUCCCCCGGUGCUGCCUGGCAGCCUGGGAACCCACAGGGCCUGUAGGGUGCAAAGUGCAGCAGGAAAAUGCCUUCAUCCCAGGAACAGGCUUGGCUGAAGAACUGCUCAGCAAGAAAAUAGAAGAGGAACUGUCUGAAUUGAGAAUUACAUCUUCAGAAAGUGUUUCCAGAGAGGAAGAGAAAAAGGAAGAGACGAGAUUAGAGACAGAAAAUGUUCCAAAAGACGUUUGGUCUUGUUUGGAAGAGGACAAUGAGUUUAUAGAACCUAAGAAGGGUGCUCAGAGGGAGAUGGCUCAUGCUAUGGUUGAUACUGCUGUCAACACAGACAGCUGGUUAAUGGAGACAGAUCACAAGGAGGAACCACACAGCAGACAGCAGGAUGCUGAAACUGAAGCUAAUUUUAAACACGAGCAUGGUCUUUUUGAGUCCAGAGUGGCAGAAGCUCCAGUCCAGCAUUUCGCAAGGAGCCCUUCCCUGGGAACCAGUGCUUUGGUUCCUUUCAGGCGCCAAAGCUUCUUUGACCAAGUGAAUCAAUCGCUAGAGAAAGACAGCCUGACCAUCAGAUCAGCUCUACGUGUACAGAGACCACACAGCACCACCAGUGUGCUGGCUAGGAGAUCCACAAAACUUCUAAACCUUCUAAAACACAAAAGCAUUACAAAAUCAAUCCUUAAUGAUGCAUCUCAGGAGAGAUGGAAAGAGAUGGGCUUCGAUAGAGCCAAGACUGAGCACAAAAGGAGGAAAGAGGAACAGAGGCAGCUGAAGAGGGAGCAGCAGCAAGAGGCAGAUGGCAUCCAGCACCAGCUGCACAAGGACAACCAGAGGCGACAGUUGCGUCAGAGAACAUUGCAAGGGCUGGAGAAACAGCUGGAGCACAAAGAGAGAGCUUUGCAGCACAUGGCACUGCUCCAGGCUGCUGGGGCUGAGAGGAGCAGGAAGGAAUCCUCCUUUCAAGAGGAGGGGAAGAGGAAGGCAAGUCAGAGGCUUCAGUUCUUAAAGACACAGCGUUCACAGAGGGAGGAGUUGCAGGCAGAAUGCAAUGAAAGGAGCUUUGAACAAGAGAAAGAAAGGCUGGAGUUCCUGAGGAGCAGAAUGCAGCCACAGCAGGAAAUGGUGGGACAAGAACCACGGGAGCAGGACAAGCAACAAAACCAGCACCAGGCUGCCAAAGUGAGAGUGUUCCAGAGCGGAGACCGAAGAUCGGAAGAUGGAAAAAGAAGACCAAAAAAUCCAUGACCUCCAGCAGUACCUCGGAGAACAGUCCCUUUUGCUGCUUCGGGCAUCCCUGCUAGUGUAAGGAAGCUGCAGAGUAGGGGAGAGGCCCUCGAGCAGUUCACAGACCUGGUCUUUGUCUUGUAGGUGUGACUCAGUGUGCUACAGUUGUGACAAGUGGAAUUACAAUUCCCAGAGAGGUCUUUAAUCUCCCUUUCAUUGCAAACAGAGUGCAUGUCCACUGCUCUGUCCUUUCCAUGCCUUUCUUUCUGGAGUUACUAUUCUGGUUCACCAGUCUGGGCUUCAGGUAAGUACAGAUCUUCUACUGUCACGGUGUAGGUACUGCUUGAGAUGUGUUGGCCACUCCUUUAGAGGAGGAGGAAUGACUUUUAGAAGCCCAAAAUAGAAAAAGAAAGUGGUGUGGGGUUUUUUGUUUGGUUGGGUUUUGUUUGUGGGUUUUUUUUUAAUGACAAGCUCCCCUUUCUAGGCACUGUGAUGACAAAAACGUCUGAUCUGUGAAAUAACUGUCUUUGGAGAGUCACCAAACCCAAAGGUGGGCUUGGGUUUCUGUUUGGCCUACAGUCUCACUGGCAGGCUGGCAGUCUCCAAAGUGGGUCAGAAAGAUACUUGGAUACCUUUUCAGGUAGGGCCCUUGCUUACAAUAACCACACCUUUUGCUCUUUUUGAAUAAAUGAGGAGAAUGUUACAAAGACAAAUGAAUUGGUAAAUUGAUGGUUAACAAAAUACAGUGGCUGUGUCACAGGGAAUGCUAUUAUCAGCUCUGGGUAACCAGAAAGGUACCUGUUCUUUUCAGAUGGGUAUUUAGGGAAGGAGAAUUGAUGUGGCACAGUUUAUUUGCUGGAACACUCAGGGCUAUGUGGAAAUAUGUUCUUAUUUUACACAGAAUUAUGCUAAAAUAAAUACAAUAUGUGUGAUACCUUGUUUCAAGUAAUACCUGGAACCAAACUAGAUACAAAAUUUAAAUGUUGUUGCUUGACAUUAUGUGUACACUUAGAAACAUGUUGCACCUUCUGUGGCACAUUGCUCAACAAAAAAGUGUGAGUAUAAAAAUGUAUGUCUUUUGCCAGAAUACAGCACAAGUGAUAAUGGCAGUUACUUAAGAAAAAAAAAAAGGUAAAAUUAAGAAAACUUAUAAAAGGGAGGUCCUUUGACAUCCUGCCAGCAGUUUCUUAGCAGUAAGUCUCAGACUGCAUUCCUCUAUGGAUAAUGGAGAGGCUAUGCCUUCAGCUUUCCCCUAUAAAAGACAAAGUUAAUUCUCUCAUCCAGAUGUUUACAAACUAUUCAGAAGCCUUAAUAGCUGAAAUGGGUAUUUUUAAACUUUAGGAUCCAUAAUAUGCAUAAGCCAUCCUCAGAUUUUUGGUGGUUUUUUUUAAAAAAAGGAGAAAGGAGGGAUGAGCCUAAAUACCAAGUGAAGGCUUUGACAUUUUGUUUGUUUAACUUAAGGUCUGGAAAAAAACAUACCUGCAUGUUAUGGAAACUGCAUGUGAUGCACAGGUUUGCAUUUUAGACAUGGAAUUCCGUCAUUUGGUUUACACUCUGUUUAGGCUCUGGAAAAGUUGGCUGGAAGUUGCUCAGCAGGAACACGGGUGGUUGUGCCCAAGACCUGCAUAACUUAUGGAUGAGGCCCAGGCUGUGCCUGGCACCUCUAUCCUGAGCUGGGUGGGAAGGGAAGAGGGCACAUGCCCCACUGAUGGAAAGUGGGUGCUGGCAGCACAUGGAGAUUUUCUUUGGGGUUGUUUGCUUUUCUUCUUGUUUGAGUUCUCUUCUCCAUAAAAUCAUGUGCUAGUCAGGACAAUGGUGUACCUACUUAUGACUUUAGGUCUAACUAGACUUAGAGAAACAAGUCUAAAGCUUAAAAGAUACUAAACUCUACUGCUGUUUCUAUCCUUAAGCACUUGGAAAUAGAAUAUGCAGUGAUUAAAGGAAAGUACGUGAAAUAUAUUGAGCCGAUCCUAAA